UUGCGUUCAGUCUAGAACUUAUAGUGUUCGGCAUCGGGCGAGUGUACCGCUCCGCUUCGUAAAAAAUACAUCGUUAAUAAAAAACAAAACACCUUAAUUACAAAGGUUUAUUUUCAUACAAUUAUUAUACAGUUGUACUAAAGUGUACUCAAGUGAUUUUAAAAGGAAAUAUUAAACCACGUAGAUUUCCCUGCCAACGUCAAAAGAAAGUUAUAAGCAAAGCAGCUAAAAUAUUACUCACUUAAAAAUGAAGAACCGUAUGAUUAGAAAAGUAUGCUACCUUCUCUUGACGGCCAUCAGUGUGACGUUGGGAAUGAAUAACAGUUCCAGCUACUGCUGCUCCGGGGAUGAAGAAAUCUGGGUGGACGACGAUGGUUACAACCAAUGCUUAGACACCAAAACGAAUGCCACGACGAAGAUAACUCUCGCGUGUUUUGACAACAUGACUGCGAUAUUGACAAACAACUCACACUUCCCAGUGAAGCUGGGGGACGAAGGUAGACUGAUAAUUAUGGAGGAUGAGCUAGCUGAAUUAACUAGUGUUGAAAAAGGCGAUUUCUGCCUAGGACAGCAGACGGACAAUGGGACCUUGAUACCGUCAGUGGUCCUGAUCUGCUUAGACGCAGAAGAAGAAGAGGUCGUCAGCCAAGACUUGCUGGGUUACUUCAUGGCAGUGUCCAGUGUCUUCCUUGUACUGACUGCUCUAGUCUACUUGGCUCUUCCAGAACUUAGAGACCUGCAAGGAAAAAGCAUAAUUAGCUUAUGCAUCAGUCUCGCCAUUGCAAAUAUACUUAUGUGUAUACUUAAGGUGAUGACCUACGAGAACAUGGCGUGGUGUGCAAUCAGAGGAUUUUUUGCAUAUUACUUCAUAAUAUCAAGUUUUUUCUGGAUGAACGCGAUAGCUAUACAAAUUUUACGUAACAUCAAGCGUUCAACGAUUUGCAGUUACGGCUGGAAGGAUUUCUUAUGGUACGCCCUAUACGGGUGGGGGGUUCCCGCCCUCUUUACAAUUAUAUUACUUAUCGUCAACUACACUCCAGGUCGCCAUGAGAAACCGGGCAUAGGACACACUCAUUGUUGGUUUCAUGAUCUAAAACGCAUAUGGAUUUACAUGUACAGUGUUAUGACGAUCCUCAUAGCGGCGAAUGUUGGCAUAUUUGUGUACGCAUCAAUCUUUUUGUGGAAGCACACGUUCUCCUCGACACACUUAAAGGCUUUGCGAUACAAGUUCACGAUGAUGUUACGGCUGUUUGUAAUCAUGGGUUUACCGUGGAUAUUCGAGAUGGUCACUUCAUUGACACCAGUUCACAUUGUUGGGGUUGUUCUCGACAUAAUCAACUGUCUUCAAGGGCUAAUAAUCUUCGUGAUACUGGUGGUGUUUAGACGGCGGGUGAUCAAGGCACUUCAUAAGAGAAAAGCACUGUGUUGUCUGAAUGAAUGGGCUGAAAAAUACUUGGCAUUGGCAGACGAUGAAGAAAAUGAUAUAGUAACGCACACCAUAGUCGUGCCUAUGGAGGAAAAAUGAUAUUAUACAAUAUUUAUUUGACAUGAACAUGUUUUAAAAAAACGGCAUAGGAACGAAUCGGAAUGUAGAUACACUACUCGUACCACGGAUGUAUCUCUAUCUAUCAUACUAUUCAUACUCGAUGUUUGUCAAGAAUUACGCCGGUUACUUAUCUAACAAAACAUAUGCUGUUUUAGGAUUACAAAAGGAUUCUACGCAAUCCGAGUUUAUAAUAUCGUCUGUCGUCUGUAAGACAGAGUUCGAGAUAGAAGAAUUUCGAAUAUAGUUUUAACGGGUGCGGGUGAGUUACUACAGACCGUAGCGAAUCAUUGGGUUCAAAAUGUUGUUUUAACACAAUGAUAAAUAUUACCAAUGUUAAUUGUAUCAAAAUGUCAAUAAUAAGUGCGGUACCGACCGUUUGAAUGUAAUGAAAACAUAAUGUCGAUAACGAAACACAAUUGAAUAUUUAAAACACUAACAAAAAAAACAAAUACCUAAGUGAAGAUGUUGAAUAAUCUAGCUGACUGAUGGUAGCAACGAUAACGACAACACUCAAAAAGCGGCCAAGUGCGAGUCGGACUCGCCCAUGAAGGGUUCCGUACCAUUUAUGACGUAUUAAAAAAAAUACUUACUAGAUCUCGUUCAAAUUAAUUUUCGGUGGAAGUUUGCAUGGUAAUGUAUAUCAUAUAUUUUUUUUAGAUUUUUCAUUCUGUUAUUUUAGAAGUUACAGGGGGGGGGGGGACACACACAUUUUUCCACUUUGGAAGUGUCUCUCGUGCAAACUAUUGAGUUUAAAAAAAAAUUAUAUUAGAAACCUAAAUAUCAUUUUUGAAGACCUAAGAUACGUAUGUGUUUGAUGAAAAAAAAAUAUUUAUUUUUAUGACGUAUUAAAAAAAACUACUUACUAGAUCUCGUUCAAACCAAUUUUCGGUGGAAGUUUGCAUGGUAAUGUAUAUCAUAUAUAUUUUUUAGAUUUUUCAUUCUGUUAUUUUAGAAGUUACAGGGGGAGGGGGACACACAUUUUACCACUUUGGAAGUGUCGCUCGCGCAAACUAUUCAGUUUAGAAAAAAAUUAUAUUAGAAACCUAAAUACCCCACACGUAUGGGUUUUUUGACGACCGGUUUGGCCUAGUGGGUAGUGACCCUGCCUACGAAGCUGAUGGUCCCGGGUUCAAAUCCUGGUAAGGGCAUGUAUUUGUAUGAUGAGCAUGGAUAUUUGUUCCUGAGUCAUGGGUGUUUUCUAUGUAUUUAAGUAUUUAUAAAUAUUUAUAUAUUAUAUAUAUCGUUGUCUAAGUACCCUCAACACAAGCCUUAUUGAGCUUACUGUGGGACUUAGUCAAUUUGUUUGUGUUUGUGGGUUUGAUGAAUUUUUUUUUUAAUUUUAUGACGUAUUAAAAAAAACUACUUACUAGAUCUCGUUCAAACCAAUUUUCGGUGGAAGUUUGCAUGGUAAUGUACAUCAUAUAUUUUUUUUUAGGUUUAUCAUUCUCUUAUUUUAGAAGUUACAGGGGAGGGGACACACAUUUUACCACUUUGGAAGUGUCUCUCGCGCAAACUAUUCAGUUUAGAAAAAAAUGAUAUUAGAAACCUCAAUAUCAUUUUUGAAGACUUAUCCAUAGAUACUCCACACGUAUGGGUUUGAUGAAAAAAGAUUUUUUGAGUUUCAGUUCUAAGUAUGGGGAACCCCUAAAAUUUAUUGUUUUUUUUUUCUAUUUUUGUGUAAAAAUCUUAAUGCGGUUCAUACAAUACAGUUUCGGAAAAAAGUGGCUGUGACAUAAUCGGACAGACAGAAGGACAUGACGAAUCUAUAAGGGUUCCGUUUUUUGCCAUUUGGCUACGGAACCCUAAAAAUGUAAAGGAGAUUGAAAAAUAGAAUCAUAUCCCUUAUAAAGAGAAACAGAUGUCAAUACUAAAGAAAAAAUUACCGUACAGUGACCGAGACGGGAUAUUUAAGUGAUAAAAUAAUUUAUUUUGUUCUUUCAUGAAGAACUCAUAAGUGGUUCAGUAAAAAAGUAGCAGUGAAUUAUCUACUAUAUUUUUUUAUUUUUUACUACUUAGGUAGCAGUUUAUUUUUUUCAGUAAUCUGUAGAUAAAAUACUAUAUAACCAUAAUAAAAACAUAUUGAGAAAUAUCAGAUUGUUUGAGUUUUCUCAUUUUUAUUGCAAUGUACUUCGUAACUUUUUGUACAACACAAUUUGUCAAUCUUCACCUGCCGUUUUCCGCAAUGCCACAAUUGAAUUUCAAUUUUCACAAGUAUAUGCUUUAAGGAAUAUCAUCUUACGAGUAAAUUAUACCAAUAAACUGGAGUUCAUCUUCGGUAGUCAGCAAGUCUCUCCAAUCUAACCUCUGACAGAGGUUUUUCUAUGGGAGACAAAUUUCUGUAAAAAUCGUAAAGACACAAAAAUGGAACUUCCAUAUAUGAUACGAGUAUAACUACCUCAAAGUGAAGUCAAAUCAAAAAAGUGCAAUAUCGAACAUGAGACAAUUUAAUAAUGUAUUAAGUAGCUUAUCAGACUUAAAGAAAAAACUAUGUUUAUGAGAAAUACCUCAUAAAUUCUCUUCUCUCAAAAGACGCUGUUCAAAAAGUCUUAGGAGACAUGUAAUAUAAAAGACGAAAAAGUUAAUUCGCCCUUUUAUUUUAAAUACGAUUGUAUUUCAUUGUAUAGAAUAGUAUGUACAGAUUACUACAAAAAUGCUCUACUUAAAAAUUAUUACUAAAUAAAAUGAAAAAUCCACAUAAUGUGCUGCUAUUUUUUUUCUGAACCACUCCGUAUCUAUGGAACAAACUGCUAGGGAUGACAUUCGCACUAAUGGUUUCAGAGGAGGAGAAAAAGUUGGAAAUUGAUUCUGAGGUCCUUUCCAGAUAAUCUUAUAAUAUGUAUACAUCUUAAUGCUAUUAGUGCAGCAGAUCAAAAGGAUACACAUGGUAUCAUGAACGUAUUAUGCAUGAAUGUAUCGCAUUGCAUGCAGUGCGAUGCAAUUUAGCGGCUGGGUGUAGAUCAGAAACUUCACAAAUUCUAAUACCCUUAUGCCGAAUAUAUGAUGUAAGUAAGAUAUAUAUGAUAACGAAGCUUCCAAAAUUUUACAACAUGUAUACGUAGCUACUACUACUUAUGACUUUUUUUAGUUCCGGAGUUCAGUAUUUAGAGGAUCGUGCAACCAGCAUAUUUUUUAAAUUUUUUAGAUAAGUACUUAAGCGGUCGGUUGUUUUAUGCGAUAAACGCAUGCGUUAACGGAAUGUCUGAAAAAUGACUAUAGCCCGAGCCCUCUCGCGCAUGAGAGGAGGCCUGUGCCCAGCAGUGGGACGUAUAUACAUAGACUGAAUUAUUAUUAUUUGUAUGUCUCUUACAAAUUCUCGGGACCAUGGGGUCCCAGGCAAUUGGAAGGCGUGCGUGGGGCCGAAGCGAACACGUAGAGCCCCUUUUAAUUAGACAAUUUACUCUAAAAGUAGUGUGACACCAACCGACGAUUGUCCCUGUUUGCACUAUAGUACUGCUGCCAAGGACAAGCCCCGGUUAGUGUAGGACUAUUGUAAGAAAAAGGUACAAUGAGAAACCGGGCUAUUGAGUUGAGUAGCUAGUGGACUGGUAACCAAGACUAUGGAGGAGACUAUGGCACCUGCCCUGAUCAUAUGUUAAUAAACACGAAAAAAACGGACAGGUGGUGACUCGCCAACUCACAACAUGGGUCCCCGAAAACGGCCGCUCGCACAGAGCGACAAGGGGACAACAUUAUUAUUAUAGAUUAUCUGAUGUAAAAUGUCAUUUUUCCCACAUUCCGUUGUUCGCAUACGUUCAACGCUGCGUUUAUCGCAUAAAACAACCUCGCGCUUUAAUGAUUAGUACCCGUACCAUGAGUCACUGACAAUGUCAAAACUGACAUAUAUGCUAUCGAGAACGUAGUUUACUUUCUAUACAUCUCGGUCGCACUUAUAAUUGAGUACGAGCGAGAUGCAUAGAAAGUAAGUUACGUUCUCGAUAGCGUUUAUGUCAGUGCCGAACUGGUGGUACCCACAUAGUUCAAUAGACGAUAGCAAUGGUUAUUGUUAGGUCAAAAGAUAAAUAUCUCUAUGCAUUGAGUUGAGUAAGUACAAGUUAUGAAUUAAUUCAAAUUUAGCAAAAUUUUAUUUGCUUGCUUCGUUAAAUCACGAAUUAAAACAUACUAGCUAACUUUAGGGUAUUUUAUUUUUUUAUGUUUGAUAAAGAUUAUCGAUGCAAAAUAUUAGAAUGUUUAUGUUCGGGCGUAAUAUUUUGCAAGCUCUUUUUCUUAUAAAAUGGCUGUCCAAGGUUUUUAGUCUACCUAAAGCAAAAACUAUACAUUCUUUAAACCGUAACAAUAUUCCUUUAACCGAAGAUUAUACAUAGUUUAGGUCUAAGUUAAGUUUAAGAUCUAGUCUAAUUCGAGCUUAAAGCAGUAACAGAAUAUGAAUUUACAUGACCAAGUACGUAUUUUUUAUGUAAUUUUACUAAUUGUUGUUGCAUUACAUUGCAGUCUUAAAAAAAUAUUUACAUGUGCUUUUAUAUAGUAGAAUUGUUGUUGCAUGGUUACUAGAAUUAAUGUAUGUUUGAAAUUCUUUACCCACUUGUUUUUUUGUAGCUUUUGUUGUAAAUUCUGUAGGUAUUGUAUUACUUUACAAAAUAGAGGGCAAAAUAGUAAAUUACCUAUUCGCACAUGUAUCCUACAACGUUUCACAGAACUUUAAAUUUUCGUCAUAAUUACGUAAUGUGCUAAUUAUCGCACUGGUGCGGUAAAGUAGCGAUUAUCUUAAAAAGCAUGAUUAAAAAAAAAAACAAUUUAUUAUGUUUCUUUUUGAGUUUAACAAAUAAAAAUAUUUUUCUAUUAAAA